AUGGGCAACUCAGACUCAAAACUACACACCACUCAACUCUCCUCCGAGGGAAUUGAAAAGGGCAUCCCUCCCGUCAUCCGCUUCUCCUAUCAAAGCUCAUGGAAGAAACUCGCCUGCUUUGCUCGCGUGAACCUCGAGGCCGGCGCCCCCAACGCUGAGCCCAUGUACAUCAUCAGCCUACCCAAGGGCUUGUACGGCGACAUCACCCUCCACAGCGGCACCAGCAAUGAAUCAACUCCUCUGGCAACAUCUUCCAGACUCAAACAGUACCGCGACGACUACCAAAUUACUCUGCCUUCCUUCUCGGGACAUGGCGUUCACGAGGAGACACUGCGCCGUCCCAAGGGCCUCAAGGGCCGUUUCUGGUUCGGUUGUUUGGUUGGCGAUGGUACCGAGCAGCGAGUUGAGCGUUUUGAAUGGCGACGCUCUCGCGGUGCAGAGGUCAGAAGCGUUGGCCAGUCCAGCUGGGGUGGUUACAAGCUCGUGCGCCUUGGCAGCACCGACACCACCCACACCAAGGAGGAGGACUACACCUCUAGUGAAGAGGAACUCCCCGAGGGCAGCAGUAGCAGCAGCAACAGUGGAGAGGGUUACACUAGCGAUGGCAAGGAGAUCGUAGGUGUAUGGGGCAACGCUAGCUGCUGGAAGACCAUGUCCGGUGUUGGAGAGUUUCAGUUCAGAGGAAGCGGCGCAACUGGCGAGUUGGGCAACAUGUGGGCGUUGAUGGCUGUCAUGAGCUGCAUGUCCAUCUGGCAGAAAGUUCAGAGGGAUAAUGCAACUGCUGGUGCGUCUUCGUCUUCGUCUUCGAGUGCGGCAGCAGCAGCAGCAGCCGUGGCUUGA